AUGGUAACUGACGUCAAACUUUAACAAUUAUGAAAGUAUGAAAGUAUGCGGAGUAAGAUUUGACGUAAUCAAUAAGAUCUUUGGUUCGGAUGCGUGAAUGAUUUUUGUCAUGUAAAGUUGCGUUUUAUCGAGAUACGCGUGAAGUUGUCGCGCGUACUGAGCACGACAAAAUUUAACGACAUUUUUUCAAUUUUUUAACAGUAAGAGCUGCUAUUAUUUCAUUGUUUUCUCAGUCACCAUGUGUUCUCUAUCAAAACGAUACCAUGUCGCGAACUUUUCAACAAACUUACGUUUAAAAAAUUUUUUUCUGUCGGCAGGAAUGCUUUGAUGAUUUCAACUACGUUGCAAUUACUUUUACGCAAUAUUGAAAAUUACUCUAAGAAGCUCAGAGGCAGAGCCUCAGGAAAUUUUUAAUCAUCGUUUUUAUCGAACCAUCGCUAAGGUUACCACAGGAACCACCAACAGGCUGUAGUAAUCUCAUUCUUCGUAUAUCUUGACUUGAAAACUUGAAUGAAUUCCAAAUAAUAAACGAAAUCUCGAAAAGUAAAAUGUUAGAAAAUCGAGUGACGCAGCCAACCCGCAUAUUUGGUCAUGCUGUUGAAAUAUUUUAUGAUUAGCAUUAUCCAUUUCUUUAGAAAUUGAUUGCUCUUAGUUACAGUGAUUGAGCAACAAAAAAAUUACAUAGCGUGAACAAGGAUAGGUUCGUAUGGACAGGCGAACACUACGCAGUUUAUUUUAUAGACUGUAAAUAAUAAAUUAAUGACUUUGAUAAAUAUUUGAAAACUGCCAAAUGUUGGCCAAAUAAAACUUUCUUGAGGUACAAUACGGUAUGUCUCGCAAUAAUGGUGGACACAGCUGACGCAAUAAUUUUCAUCAUCCCAUAAUGUUGUCUGUUGUACACAGUUGUACAUAGACACACCUCAAUACUCCUGUAUUAUGGUCGUUUGCAAACUUUGCAAAUAAAAAGUUGUGAAUUCCUUUUAAAAUCAUAGUUUUUAUUCAGGUUUUAACUUCCCCCGCGCCAAAGCAACAUGCCGACUGUAGUUUUACUAGAUGUUUCUUUAUCGAUGCUUAAAACGGUGGAAGAAAGCGAGCAACAGGGCGACGCAAGCAUCAACAAAAGACUGCUAGCAAUUCGUGGCUUGUAUUCCUUUUUCGACUAUUUGAGUUUAAACUGCAAGUUAGAAUUUACUGCGCUGAUCGCAUUCUCGUCCCUCUGGGAGAUUGCCGUACGAUUUACGAGAGAUUACGAUGAGCUAAAAGAAGGCUGCAUGAGUCUAGGAACUUACGAUAAGACAUUUCUAGGGAAUGCCUUAAAUGGUGUUUGUAGUUUGGUGAUCAAAGAGUGGGGUUGUUCGGUUCCUGUACAGUUAGUGGUCGUUACGGAUGGUAAUUUUGGUGGUGCAACCACGGUUGAGGAUGUCUUAAAUAACAGACUGGGAGAAAUGGCUGACAAUUCUUGCACAACACCUUUGCCAUUUCCAUGCAUCAUGCACCUUGUAUGUAUGUCAACAUUUGAGGAUUCAUCGCCGGCCACGAUGAAACUUCUUCAAGAUUUAAUUGAAACAUGUGGUCAUGGUGGGGGAAUAUACCUUCUUGAUUCCCCGGUUGGAGUUUAUUCAGCUCAAGAAGCUUUCAAACGUUUGGCACAUGACCAUUAUUCACCAUACAAUGGUACCUUAUCAUGUGGUCACCUUACAUCUGCUGUAACAUUGUAUCCACCACCAAAAACAACACCAAAGGCUUACCAUAGGACCAUGAAUACGGAACUUGAGCAGCCAUUUCCUGAUGAGAUUAAAAUUGUUGGUUUCUUGGAUGCAAUUGACCUUGGUAGCCCACCAAGUUUAACUCGACAUUUGGUAUUACCCACACGUUCGUCAAGCCAUGGUAGCCAAGGUAACUCGGAUGCAGAUGGAAAGGAACCUUCAUUCUGUGUUCUCCUUCAUGGUAGUCUCAAGGUGGAAAAGAUGGUCGCCUUUGUACAACUGGGACCCAAUUGGUUUGGCAUAUUGUACUCAUGGGCGGACAGUAAGAAAAAGUCCAAUCUUGUGUUGUCCAUAUUUUGUCCCGGUUUGGAGAUUCCCUGGCUAGGAAACCUGAAGAGACUGGUGCCUGCAGCUGAAAUGGAAGAGAACCCAUACAAAAUUGAAGGUGACACGGAAGAGUCGCCAUUUCCUGUGGAUACUACCCGUCGCCGAAGCUAUCAUUCGCAGGCCAGUGUUGUAUGGAUAAAGAGCUACGGUCUACAGUCUGAUAUACAGAAAUUGUUAAGAUAUGCCAGAAAAUUGCCCGACAAGAUGAACCAGUUUUAUAAGGAACUUAAUCGUAUUCGACGAGCCGCUCUAUGCUACAGCUUUCAUGAAUUGCUGGAUGGUAUCGCGGACAUGUUGAUGAGAGAGAGCAAGUCAAGUUGUAGUUCUGAUGUGGUGCUACAACUACAACAUGCAGCAACUUGUCUAAGGGAGGCAGGACAACACGACCUAAACAAACAAAUAACUGCAGCACAAACAUAGAGAAAUGGUUUACAUCCAUAAAUCACAUGACGAAAAUGUGAUGUUCAUGUGUAGCUGUUGAACCAAUCGUACAGUUUCACACAUGUACAAGAGAAUCAAGAAAACAAGGAACAACAAAAAGAGCUCUUUUCUCAUUCAAGCUAGGUCAAACAAACUAGUACUGCUACAUUCCAAAAGUCACCUCAGUGAAAACAAACAACUGCUAUAAAGUUUUUCUAUUUCUUUAUUCAUUCUUUAGUACAUCAUUUUGCAUUUGUUAUAUUAAUUUGGUAAUUUUUCAUAUUCUUUUGUAAAAAAUAUUUACAAGGAGAAAACUCAUACAAAGAAUAAUGAAAUAUGAUCAGAAAUGAA